GUUUGCGGAUCUAAGGUCUGAGUCCUAGCCAACCGGUAUGAUUCAAAGAUUUUACAACGAUUUUAUGAUGAACGAAGAGUUGCGCUAUUACAAUUUUACUGAAAAAUAGAAAAUAGAAUCUAUAUAACAUGUAUGUUGGAGCGGAGAAGAAGGGCAAUGAUCUGAAUUUGAUUUUAAUGGUGACGUCAUGUGCCAUUGGAGGCACUCUUCAGUAUGGCUACAACUUGGCCAUAAUGAAUGCCCCCACCAUAUUCAUUCAAAACUUUGUGAACGAGACGUUUCGGGAGCGUUGGGACGUUCAGCUGGAGGACUACCAGGUCACGCUGGUCUGGACUUGCAUCGUGUCCAUCUACUCCCUGGGUGGGCUGGCCGGAGCUCUUAUAGCUGGACCCAUGAGCAUAACUUUUGGAAGGAAGAAGACUAUGCUGUUGAACAAUAUCUUCCUGAUGCUGAGUUCCCUCUUAGCAUUGACCAGCAGAGCUGCCAAGUCUUUUGAGAUGAUCAUCAUCUCCAGGGUUCUGGUUGGAAUCAAUGCUGGGAUCAGUAUGAAUGUACAACCCAUGUAUUUUGGAGAGAGUGCUCCCAAGCACUUGCGAGGAGCUGCUUCCCUGUCCUCAGCCAUAUUCACAUCGUUUGGUGUGGUGUUAGGACAGGUUGUGGGACUCAGGGAGAUAUUGGGCAGUGAACCCUGUUGGCAAUUCCUACUGGCCAGUAAUGCCAUCCCAGGAUUCAUACAGCUUCUCACCCUACCCUGGUUCCCAGAAAGCCCCCGAUACCUCCUCAUAGACCGGGGGGACAAGGAGGCCUGUAUCAAUGCUCUACAGCGUCUGCGGGGCUGUGAGGUCCAACAGUCAGAGUUGGAUGAGAUUCUCCAGGAGCAGACUGAGGCUGAAGGAUUGAGGCCCAGCAGACCAUGGGAGCUGUUUGGUGACCAGAAUGUCCGCUGGCAGGUGAUCUCCAUCAUUACCAUCAGCAGCGCCAUGCAACUCUGUGGUAAUGACUCGAUCUAUUUCUAUGCAUACUAUGUGUUCAAAGCGGCUGGGAUCUCUCCGGAUAUGAUCCAGUAUAUCACCAUAUGCACCGGUACAUGUGAAUUCACAGCCUGCAUAAUAUGUAACCUGCUGAUCGAGCGACAGGGCAGGAAGAUUCUUUUGAUGGGAGGCUACAUUUUCAUGACCGUCUGGGCCAUUGUCUUCACUAUAGCUCUAUGUUUUGAGCACAAGGUGGAGUGGAUGCCCUACUUGAGUAUGGGCUGUAUCUUCACCUAUAUACUCAGCUUUGGCAUGGGCCCCGCUGGAGUGACAGGGGUCCUACCCACUGAGAUCUUCAGCCAGACAGCCCGUCCAGCAGCCUACAUGAUUGCUGGCUCAAUGAUGUGGAUCAACCUCUUCAUUAUGGGGAUGGUCUUUCCAUUCCUGGUGAGUGAGCUUGGUGAGUUCUGCUUUGUCCCGUUUGCUGCUAUCUGUUUACUGUCUGCUGUGUUCGUGGGCUUGGUUCUACCUGAGACUAAAGGGAAGACCCUUUCAGCCAUCGCUAGCGAGUUCCACAAGCUUAACUACAGGGGGCUGGACAAACAGAGUUUUCCUACCACUCCAGCCCAGUAUCAACUGGGAAAAGUCUGCCACUCCACUGCCUUGUAGGCCCACUGCUCUCCCCUGUAUGAUCGAUAAACUCUACUAUGGACCAUAGCUUUAUUUCACAUUCAUUAACCUUAAUCAACUAGGUUCCAUUUACAUUCAGGAAAGCAUUCAGAUAAACCAUUCAGGAAAGCAGAUAAAGAAUACAAAGGUUGUGAUUUUGCUAUGAUUCACAAUGAAAGUCAGUCUAGCAUCAUCAAGAAACCCAUAGAAAGAAAAAUGUUUAUGGUGAGCACAGAGACCAUAAAGUUACAAUGUAUAAUGUUUUGGAAUUGAGUCGCUGUAGUGACAAUCUUAAGGGAUGGACUGUCUUUAUUUAAAAAUUUGUUUAUUUAAAACAAAUGUGCCUUUAGCAUAAAUUAGUGCACUUUACGCCUAACAGUGUCAGUUGAACUGAAAAGAAGUGGUCAUAAUUCCAGCUGCACACAUAUUGUCUUAAAAGGUCAGAUACAAUCUACUUAAAGCCUUAAUGGUGUAUUCCACAAAAACGGAUGAGUGAAAUGUUUAAGGAAUUUAGAUAAUCUGUGCUUUUCACCCACAUCCUUAUUUUUCUCUGACUUUUAGGGAAUAUGUAUCUAUUCCACUAAAGAUCCAAAAACUGCUGAACACUUGUGAAUCAUGUUCUGUGCAUGCAUUUAUUCUCUAUUCUCUUGCAGUAAGUUAGUUGCCUUACCUAAAAAGACAGACAUAGUAUUGUUCUGUAAUUCAGCCAUCAAUAUGGGAUAAGCAGUAGGCUAGUGUUAUUUCCAGUUUCAUUACGUUUGCAUAGAGCAAAACAAAAACAUGCUUUAAACAGAGCCCUAGUGGAUGAAAAGAUUUGAAACGGAAUGCCCGUGCAGGGUACCAGGCCAGGCAGAGGACGGCCUCUUGUGAAUGCCAACCAUGCAUGAAUCCACAGAACAUGUUAAGUACAUGCCCAUUAGCUUCUAGGUCUUAAGUGUUGUUUCUUUAAAGGACAUAGGCUGUGGCUGUCUUUUCAGUCUUUUCUAUUUUUAAUUUUCACAAUGUUUUACCAUAUAUCUGUCAGCCUUUUAUUCUGUAUAAAUCAGGCAAUUGUCUGGAAAGAAUCUAUUUAUAUCAAUGUUUUGUUUUUAAUAUUUUCUGUUCAGGUCAAAUUAACUGUUGAACUGCUGCUGCCCCAAGUAUCAUAGGGUUAUCAUUAAGAUAUGGUGGAUGAUAUUGUUUCAAGGGGAAACCAAAGUUAUCAAAAGCUACUGUAUGUUAGGACUAUCAAAGAGAGUACUUCACUUUUGAAUCGUCAUGUUAUAUACAGUAUGUAUCUUUGUUUGGAACAGACUGUGACCAUAAAUAAUAUAUUUGGAUCAUAUCAUUUGCUUAUUUUAAUAUCUUUGUGUUAUGUUGGGCAAUCUUUUUUGUUAAGGGAUUUCAGUUGUUCUUCUCUGGGCACGAUGACCCAGGAUUUCUCCAAAAACAUACGGCCCAUCCUAUCUGUGAAACGUGCAAUAAGCAUAUCUG